UUGUGAAAAGACUUAGUAUUGUAAAGCAAUUUAAUAUGUUUAGCUGAAGUUGUGUUAAAGCAGAAACGUUUUUUAUUUUUAGUAUGCAUAAUUGAGGAGGAUCUGAGAAAUGUUUACUUCAAGUGAGGUAGCUCUCUUGAAUGAAACAGGGGCUCACUACAAGAUCCUGAAGCCAUGGUGGGAUGUAAUUAUGGAACAUUUGGUUAUGGUCAUGCUGAUGUCAUCUGUCUUCAUGGGAGCCCUGAUGAUGCUGAAAGACAAAGUUGUCUGCUUGCCAAUGGACUAUGGUAAUAUAACGAGUGGCAGCUCCAAAAGUGAGUCAGUGCCAGUGCAGAAUCCUACAUUUUCUUCAGGAAGCGCAACUCAGACUGCAUUACAGGCCAUGCCUAUUGAAAGUACCAAAGCAACAACUGUGCCUCCUCCAUCACAACUUGGCCGACAAACUAAACUGGACUUGCAGCAGUAUAUCUACAUCAGUCAUGUUUGCUACCAAAAGGCAUUUCCCUGGUACUGCAAGUACUUCCCAUAUCUUGCUCUUAUGCAGUCAGUAAUAUUAAUGUUAAGCAACAAUUUUUGGUUUAAGUACCCAAAAACAUCCUCCAAGAUUGAGCACCUUAUCACCAUCCUUGGUAAGUGCUUUGAGUCACCAUGGACCACCAAUGCUCUCGCAGUGAGAGCCUGGCAAGAUCCUAAAAUCAACAAAAGCAAGAUCAAGUUGUCCACAGAGGAGAAGCCUGAAAGCAAAGUUAAGCACGACUCUAGCACUGCAUCAAAUUGUGACAUGCAGUUUGAUAGCUCAACAUCUAAAAUGACAUCCGCUACCAUCCUUGACAAGAAAGACUGGGAGCAAGCAAAAACUCUGUUUGAAAGGGUACGUAUCUUCCGUGCCCAUACUGAAGACGGAAAUGUGAUCUACACAUGCUAUGUGGGACAAACAGUCUUUAAAGUCCUAAAAUUCUUCAUAAUUAUAGGUUACACCUCAACUAUUGUGGGUGCAAUAACAUUUGAGCAUAUAUGCAUGCCUAGUAUCCAAACCCUAACUGGAUGGUCUACUUUCUUUUGCAUACACAACAUGGCUUUCAUGGCAAAAAUUUUUGUAUUAAUAUACAUUACCCUGGUAUCCAUGUAUGGGAUGAUUGGUAUCUAUGCACUCUUUUGGUCUUUCACACAGCCUCUGAAAGACUAUUCCUUUGAAAAGGUACGUGAAGAAACCAAGUUUACUGAUAUCCCUGAUGUUAAAAAUGACUUUGCUUUCUUGUUACAUAUGGUGGACCAAUAUGACCCACUUUUCUCCAAAAGGUUUGCCAUAUUCAUGUCUGAAGACAGUGAGAUCAGACUUUGGAAGGUGAAUCUAGACCAUGAAUGGACCUAUGAAAAACUAAAGCAAUAUGUGUCUAGAAAUACCUCUGGACAGCUGGAGCUGCAGCUGUUUAUGCUUCCUGGGUUACCCAAGGCUGUCUUUGAUAUGUCUGAUCUGGAGGUUCUGAGCCUGGAAUUCAUGCCUGAUGUAAAAUUUCCAGAUAUGGUAUCCCAGAUGGUAUCAAUGAAAGAACUUCAUCUCUUGUACUCCCCUGCCAAAGUAGACCAGAAUGCACUAAGUCUAUUUAAAAAACAGCUCUUAGUCUUACAUGUCAAAUUCACUAAGGUCAGGGAGAUUCCCUUAUGGAUAUAUACAUUGAAAACUCUUAGAGAACUCCACCUUUCUGGCAGUCUGAACUCAGAAAACAAAAUGAUCCCUCUGGAGUCCUUUAAAGAACUGCGAAAUCUGAAAAUUCUGGUAAUUAAAAGUAACAUUUUUAAAAUUCCAUCUAGCAUAAAUGAUGUGGCACUUCAGCUGACCAAGAUGAUCAUCGAGAAUGAUGGAACUAAAUUAGUAUUCACCAACAGUUUAAAAAAUAUGGUCAACCUCAGUGAGCUUCAGCUAGAGAAUUGUAAACUCGAGCAAAUUCCUAAAGUAAUAUUUAGCAUGACCAGUCUUCAGAAAUUGGACCUGAAAUCUAAUGCCAUCUGGUCAGUAAAAGAUAUUUCAAAUUUCAUAUAUCUUAAACGGCUGACCUGUUUGAGAUUGUGGCAUAACAAUAUUCCCUCUGUUCCAAACACUAUCAGCAACAUUAAAAUUCUUGAACAACUCUUUCUUUCUAAUAACAAGCUGACAGAUUUGCCAAGUGGUAUUUUCAUGCUGAAGAAACUGAUAAUUUUAGAUGUAAGCAACAACUUAAUCAAGAUACUUCCAGAAGAAAUUGGCCAGCUGGAAGCUCUGCAGAAUUUAACCAUCAGUGAUAACAUUCUUGCAGCUCUGCCAGUUCAGCUUUUUAAUUGUGUGAGACUGAAGAGUUUAAAUCUGAGUAACAAUAACUUAAUAGUUCUUCCUGCUGAAGUGGGAUGGCUAACUCAGCUGAUGCACUUAGACUUGAAAGGGAACUGCUUAGACAGCCUUCCAUGGCAGAUUGCAUGUUGUUCCCUCCUUAAAAAGAGUGGUUUCAUUGUAGAAGACUAUUUGUAUGAGACUCUACCAUCUGAGGUACAGAAGCAGUUCAGUGACACCAGUUUUGUAACUACCAUCAGAAAUGCCAUCACAGAGUCAAAAUAAGCAUUUUUCCUUAAACAUUAGGUGAUUCAGGUAAAAAGAAAAAAAUAUUUGCAUUCAUCCUUCUGUUUUUUUUCAAUAAACAUCUUUAUUAAAUUAACAUCCUUCUGUUUUAAUGUCAGGUAGCAUGUAUUUUUCAGUUGAUGGAUAAAUUAAUCUUUGUGCUUUCAACUUUUAUAAAUACAAAUAGGACACAUUUAUUACAAAUUUUCUACCCACCAAAGUAAGAAUACAGUUCUUGUUGAGUUACGUAGGAGGCAUAAAGAACAGUAUUCGUUCCUCAAUAAGUUGUAACUUGACAAGUCAAAGUGACCAUAAUUUAAUGUCUUAGCUGAGUAUUGACACCUCAUACUUUAUCUCCCCUUUCCAAAACAGGAUUAGUGUUAGCCUUGAGUACCUAACAAGUAUGUGAUAUGUCUAUUGCCAUCAGUUUUACCAGUCUUAGAAUAUGAGUUAAUUUUUUUGCUAAGCAACUGAAUGGCACUGAGUUGCUACAUCAUCUGAAAGAGUAGUUAACCAAGCACAUUGUGUGAUUUGUAUGAUUAUGACAUCUAUACCACUUGUCUGGAUCCAGCUUUCAAGAAAUUUGCAGUUUGAAUUAAUUUAAUUGUUCAUUGAUUUCUACAUUAAAGCCUUGUAAAACAAAA